AUGAAGCUGCGACGUCUCCGUCAAGUCUUCUCCUCCGACGCCGACGAGGUCACGAAGCACCACUACCGCCGCGCCGCAUCGGUCCGCCGCCCAUGGCUCCCCCAAUUCAGCUGCUGCGAGUUGCCCCUCCAGGACUUGCCGCAGUUCUUUGACACGGCGGGGGUCGCCGUUGCCGCCGCUGCUGGGGGGACGGACGGCGCUGCCGCCGCCGGCAACCCCCGGGUGUUCAGCUACGCCGAACUCUACGUGGGCUCCAACGGGUUCAGCGAGAGGGAGCUGCUUGGCAGCGGCGGCUACGGCCGCGUGUACCGCACUGUGCUGCCCAGCGACGGCAGCCUCGCCGCCGUGAAGCGCGUGGCCUCCUCCGGCGACCACUCCGAGAAGACCUUCGCGGCGGAGCUGGCGGCGGUGGCGCAGCUCCGCCACCGCAACCUCGUCCGCCUCCGCGGCUGGUGCAACCAUGACUCCCAGCUUCUCCUCGUCUACGACUACAUGCCCAACGGCAGCCUCGAUCGCCUCCUCUUCUCCCCGCCGCGCACGGCGGCGCCGCCGCUCGUAUGGCCCCGUCGCCGGCGAGUCCUCCAGGACCUCGCGGCGGCGCUCUUCUACCUCCACGACCAGCUCGACACGCAGAUCAUCCACCGUGACGUCAAGUCCAGCAACGUCCUCCUCGACUCCGCCUUCCGCGCCCGUCUCGGGGACUUCGGCCUCGCCCGGUGGCGCGAGCACGACAACGACGCCGACGGCGCCGGCACCGCCCCUGGCCCCUCCGCCAUCGGCAAUAAGCAGUUCCGGCUGACGGAGACGAGCAGGACCAGCGGCACCAUCGGGUACCUCCCGCCGGAGGGCUUCCAAAGCCAGCCGCCGCAGGCGGUGACGGCUAAAUCUGACGUCUUCAGCUUCGGCGUCGUCGUGCUGGAGGUCGCCGCCGGCCGACGAGCCGUGGACCUAUCCGUAUCCGACGAGGAGAUCAUCCUCCUCGACUGGGUCCGCCGCCUCGCUGACGACGGGAGAUGCCUCGCCGCCAGCGACAGGAGGCUGCCGGAGGGCUCCUUCUCGCCGGCGGAGAUGGAGCGGCUCAUCCACCUCGGCCUGCUCUGUACCCUCCAUGACCCGACUUCCCGGCCCACCAUGAAAUGGGUCAUGGAGAUGCUCUCCGGCAACUACUCCGGCGACCUCCCUGUCCUUCCUUCCUUCCGAGCCCACCCACAGUACAUUUCCCUGUCAUCCUCCUCCGCCGCCUCCACCUCCGAUGGAGCAUCCGGCCACUUCACCAACUGCAACAGCGGCGGCGCCGCCGGGGGCCAGCACCAGCCCGCCUCCCUCACAAUGGACAUGCCGAGGGAGAUCCCCUUCAGGGAGAUUGUGGAGGUGACCAAGAACUUCUCACGGGCGCAGGUGGCGGCGGAGAUGGACUUCGGCAAAGCCUACCAUGGCUACCUCGACCACCGUUUCCAUGUCUUGGUGAAGCGGCUGAGCAUGAAGACCUGCCCCGUCCUGCGGCGGCGCUUCUCCGACGAGCUCCAUAAUCUCGGGAGGCUCCGUCACCGCCACCUGGUGCAGCUCCGAGGAUGGUGCGACGAGCAGGGGGAGAUGCUAGUGGUCUACGACUACCCCUCCGGCGGCCUCCUCAGUCGCCAUCUCUUCCUCGGCGGUGGCACCACCACCACGCUUCCCUGGCGGCGCCGCUGCUCCAUCCUCAGAUCGCUAGCCUCCGCAGUCCUCUACCUGCAUGAGGAGUGGGAAGAGCAAGUCAUCCACCGGAACAUCACCUCCUCCGCCGUCUUCCUCGAUCCGGACAAGAACCCCCGCUUGGGUUGCUUCUCCCUUGCAGAAUUCCUCACCAGGGACCACCAUGGCGGCGGCGCCACCACUGCCACCAGCUCCUCCGCCCGGGGCAUCUUCGGCUACAUGGCCCCAGAAUACAUCGACGGCGGAGAGGUGACCCCCAUGGCCGACGUCUACAGCUUCGGGGUGGUGAUCAUGGAGGUGGCGACCGGGCGGCGGGCAGUGGAUUUCAGUUGCCCAGAUGUGCUCCUGGUGAAGAAGAUGAGGAAAUUCAUGGAAAAGAAGAAGCCAUUGGAGCAGAUGGUGGACAGGAAGCUGGGAGAAGAUUAUGAACCUGGGCAGCUAUGGCAGCUACUCCAGCUGGGUCUUGCCUGCACACAUUCAGAUCCACAGCGGCGGCCGACGAUGAGACAGGUGGCGAGCAUCCUUGGCGGUAAUGACAAGCUCCUGAGAGCCGUCGGCUGGAAGAAGGAAGGAAGGGAAUUGUGGUGGCAGCGGAACGCCGCCGCCCUUUCACUGGUGAGGAGACUCCAAGCUCUGGGCAUUCAUUGA